UGAAUCAAAAUGAAAUUCUGAUUCCACAGAAAUGAUGAAAGCAAAAACAUUUCAAUGAAACAUUCGGCCCGCAGCAUGACUACUUUCUAAAUUACGUUUUUGUCCGCCUGAUGAUGUCAUAUCCUUUUACUAAUGUCAGGAAAGUUGCUGGACAGGAAGUUGGCCAAUGUUUAGUCAACCAGAGCAACCUGUGUUGACAGAAAUGUUGCCGGCUCCGCCCCGACGCCGGCCCUUUAAAAGGAAGAUGUCCGCUGUGCAGCAACACUGAAACGUCCUGCAGCAACUGAAGGCACCGCAUUGGAAGAUGCAUUCAGGAAGGAUGUCCUGGUUCGAAGCGGUCCUGCUGGUUCUGGUUCUGGCCGUCUGCUCCGGGCUCCCAACAGAACCGAAGGUUUCUGCAGUGCUGAAAGGAAAAGUCCAGGACGUUUAUGAAGAACUGUGGCUGAAUAACUCGGACCUGGCCCGGCAGACGCUGGCGGUUCCCUUCCUGCAGCACAUGCAGCGCGGCGGCCUGCAGGCCGACGACUACGUGGCCUUCAUGCUGCAGGACAUCCUGUACCUGCUGAACGUGACGGACAUGUUGGGGCGGAUGAGCCGCAGGACGCUUCCCGACGACCUGAAGACCUUCAUGCAGCAUCGCUACCAGAGCUACCAGAGCUUCUCCGACUACAUUCUGGACCGGUUCAAGCUCAAAGCGCCGCUGGACAUCAGACCCAUCCCGGCCAUGGAGCGGUACCUACUGGACUACAGAACCAUCAUGGACAAAGAGGAGCCCAUUUUCUUCGCCGUGAGUCUGUUGCCCUGCUCCAGGCUCUGGAUCUGGAUCGCCAGCAGCCUGGAGGAAAGCUACUGCAACGCCUACUUCGUCUGGAAGAAGGGCAACAUGCACGGCAACCCGGAGAAGCACUACAAGGUUCUGCUCAACAAGAACCUGAAGACGCCCGACCGCAUCAAACGGGCCAACCAGAUCUUCAGGCAGCAGAUGCAGAACGAGCAAAACUUCUUCGCUGCUUCGCUGGUGGAGUAGUGAAGUCUGGUACCAGAACCGGCACCGGUUCCACAAGCAGAGUGAACUCUCAACUCUAGUACCAGAACCGGUUUAUCACAGUGGAGGUCCAGAAGAUCCAGUCGGAUCACAACAACCAGCAGCUUAACUUAGGAAGAAUAUUAAAGUAGUUCCAGCUGUUAUGAAAUGAUAUUUAUCAAUCUGAAUAAAUAAAGUCUGAUUUCAUUUCUCUGAUUCCUGAAGUUUCACUCUUCAGUCUCUACGGUGGCCUGCAGGGCUCACAGGCCCACACAUCAUAAAUACAGAGAGCAGCACAUAGUGGGACUUUAACUAUACACCUGCUGCUGCAAAGACAUAACAGCCAGAGGAGCUGUCAGUUCAGCGACAAGUUGUGAAAAUAAGUCAUUAAAUUGUUUUUAAUAGUAACUAGAUAGAUAUACAUGCAUUGUGGUGGUUUCAAAGUGUAUUUAAAGCAGAGACUAGCUAAAGCUGCAGUCAACUACAACACACCCGUAUAAAACUCAUUAACCUACUAAACCGCUAAGUCAGGAUGUCACACAGCUGUUAAUAGCAAAGUGUCUGACGAUCUACGUCAUGACUCUAUGUUGCUGA